AUGUGCUCCAUACCUCAAAGAAGAUACACACUACUACAGAGAAGCCCUGCUUCCUCGGAGGGACGUGGAACGGGAAAGUGGCGACCGCACAGCUGGAGAGAGCGCGCGUGCGCUUCCGUGGGAGGUGUCCGUCUGGACAGAGGGGAGACAGGGACAUUCGCUGGGUGCGGCGCCUGGCAUCUUCUGCCUAGGAUUGUGAGAGGGAAUGGUGCCGAAGCACUGGCCCCCCCCGGCGAGACCAGUCCCCUCGAACCCUCCAUCUCUCACUUUCUUCCGCAUUUCAAUGAUCGUUCACACAAACUCCAAAAGAGGAAACUUUCAAAUGCUGAAAAAUCGAAUAGUAAUAUUUGUUUUAAAAAAAGAAUAUGGUGUCCGGAUGUACUAGCAGUCCCAUUUGUAAUAUCAGUUCAUCUUUUUCUUCCUUACUGUUGUGAAAAUUUUCCAGAUGAGAAGGUUAAUUGUAAACCGUAA